AUGGCUGAUAACUCAUCGAUUCCUGAUACAUGUAUUACGGCUCAUUCGUUGACAUAUCAUCCAAUUUAUCGAAUUUCUCAAAUUUAUCAACUAAUAGUUUUGGGACUUUCCGUGAUCCCAUUGGUCUAUUUCAUAUUCUGGAAAGUACUCAAAUCCAGUUUCCACGGGAAUUUAAAAAUUGUUCUCGAUGUAUUUUUGAUGCUUCUUGUUUACAAAGACUCUGAUCAAGUAGAAGGUUCAAUUUCGUUUGUAUUCAUUCCAGUAUCAGCUGCUCCAAAGAUGUAUCUAUUCUUCGUCAUGAUGUUAAUAUUGAACUUUUUAAACUUUAUUCUCAUUUUCCUAUUAAUCCAAAAAAACGGAACACUUAUGAAAUCAAAUUCCACGUUGACAGCUAGAUAUCAACUAGAAGAAGUAUAUUUGUCCACUAAAUUUGCAAUUUCAGUUGUGUUCGUUCACGUGGUUUUCUAUGGGAUCUAUGAGGAGCAUUAA